GUCCACUCACUGGCACCAAGAAAAGGUGAUUUCUGAACUUUUUUUUAGUCUUUCGCAUUGUCAUAUCAAGCUGAUGCUAUCACUAAUGUAGGAAGAGAACAAAAAAAAGAGCAAAGUGAAGGCUCGGAGGAAAAAAACCAAGAAAGGUACUACUACUAUUGAAUCAAUAACAACUCCAAGGACCAAAGCAGCUGUUGCAAGGGAAGCAGUAGAAAAAACUAGGAAAGAAGCAAUGGAAGCUGAGCUCAAGGCAGCAGCAGCAAGGGAAGCAGCAGAAGCAGCAGCAAGGCAAGAAGCAAUGGCUGCAAGGCUUGAAUUUUCAGCAACACAAGCUCAUGAGGAGGUCAUGGAUGUGAUGGCCUUACAAGUAGUAGUACCAGAUGCCAGUAAUCAGACAACAAGAGCUAGGAGGUCCUUAUUUCCUGGAGAUACCCUCGAGGUUGAAGUGCAACCACCUAGGAAGAUGACUCCUAGGAAGAAGCAGUUGGGAACUAAGAUGAGGAAGACACCUCAGAAGAAAAGAGGAUCAAAGAAGAACUGAAUAACAUCACUCUUAUUGUUUUGCAGUCUUUUGAACAGCCAAAACUAGUUUUUGCAUGGCCUUAUUAUGUAAUGAUGGGCUGAAAACCACUCUGUAAUGGCCCAAGUUUCACAUGUUCUGGGUAAUGGCAUCCAAACACUAUGUAUGCCGACACAUUGCUAGAUAAUGGUCUGUAAUAGCACAAAACACUGUGUAUGCCCUGAAUUUGCUACCUAACAUUGGACAUGUACCUAUGAAAUGUUAUGAUUUAUGUUUUAAUUUGGAUUAAACUGUAUCAUAAAA